GCCAGAAGGUGCCCACCACAUGCCUGGUCCAGCUCCUGGCUGCCACUGUUGGAGGAAGCCACGUGCGAGCAGAACGGCACCUGCGGUGGGGACCAUCCUGGGAGGGACCGACCACAGGCCCAGAGAAGGGAAGGACCGUCCUCAGGGGGACAGACCACAGGCCCGGAGAAGGAAGGACCGUCCUUGCAGGCACCGAGCACAGGCCCGGAGAAGGGAAGGACCAUCCUCAGGGGGACAGACCACAGGCCCAGAGAAGGAAGGACCGUCCUCAGGGGGACUGAGCACAGGCCUGGAGAAGGGAAUGAGCACAGAGGGCAGGGAGGCCCCCUGAGGCUCCUGCAGGAAGGAGACCUGGGCGUAGGCCUGCACACACCUCCAAGUGACCCCAACUGAAAGGUCAUGAGCUCUGUGGCCCCCCUAAUAGGCUUUCUCUGGUUUGGGGGCCCACAUGUUUGGGCCAAACCCUGAGCCCCUGGCUGAGCUCCUGUUCACAGUGGAGCCCCUGCAGCCUGGAUAUGGCUCCACCACAUUCAGAGUCUGGGUAUGUAGUGUCCGCUGGCCAGUGUGAACUGGGGCACGAGGGCAAACCCCAAACGACCAGGGAGGAGCUGACAGCACAGAAUGGCCUCACCCGAGGUGAGCCGGAGCCCGCAGCCGGGGUUGCUGACCGCCACUCACCCGGCCUUCCACAGAGGCAGAGAGCAGCAGCCAAGGGUUGGCAGUGGUCAGAAGGAUUCGCUCGGUGGUUUUCCACGUUCAGUGUUGGUGUGUGUGUUAGGCACGAGCUUGGCUGCAGGUGCCACUGACUGGCACAGGAUUGCACAACUGGGCCAGUCCCCUGAUGGUGAGGAAGGCAUUUCUGCCCUUGGAGGCCCACUUUGCCAAGAGCCCACUGUGGCCGGGGAGGGGAAGGCUGCCAGAACUGAGGUUGCUCCAUGGCAGACCCUGGCGAGGAGCUUGCAGACGUACUGCCUGCCUGACUGCCCUGCCCCAAGGUGACCUGCUCCAGGACUCAGAGCCCCCAGGCAGGCUUUAGUAGUCUGGGUGUGAGCCCCACUGCCCUGGCAGUAAUGGCUAUAGGGUCGCCUUUCUCCUGGGUAAGUCCCUUCCUCUACAAGCCUCAGUCUGCUCAUCUGGGGGCCAGCAUCCCGACUCCACAGGGCAGUUACAUGGGGCUCAAAAAGGUAAGACAGGGCAAGCUGACCCCCCUCUCUCAGCCCAUCGCCUUGUCUCUAAGAAGGUGAUGUUAGCUUGGACCUACGGGGUUGACAGGAGGCUCCUUUGUGACCGCAGGAACGCUGGCAUGCUGGUGACAGUCAGCAGCAUCUUGCACGUUCUCUGCCCGCCCCCAACUAAGGUUAGGCCAAAGACUCUGAUUCCAGACAGCCUUCCUGUCACCCCAGGCCGGGACCGGCCACCCAAGCAACCCCCAACAUUCCAGAAGGCCACCGUGGUCAGUGUCAAGAACCCCAGCCCAGCCCUCCCCACCGCCAACAACACCGUGAGCCAUGUGCCAACACCCAGCAGCCAGUCCCAGGCACUCACCGAGCCCGCUGCCCUCACCUCUCCUCUGAGCAGUGCCGGGGUGGCUUACGCCAUCAUCUCCACCGCCCCCAGCACCGCUGUGUCCGUGGUCAGCGACAGCAUCAAAGUCCAGCCCCUCCUCAUCAGUGCCGACAAGAAGGUCAUCAUCAUUCAGCCGCAAGUGCAGACGCAGCCCGAGAGCACGGCGGAGUCAAGGCCACCCACGGAGGAGCCAUCUCAGGGAGCUCAGGCCACCGAGAGGAAGGAAGACCCGCCCCUGCGCCAGGAGGACCCUGAGAAAAUCGCCUUCAUGGUGGCGCUGGGCCUGGUGACAACGGAACACUUGGAAGAAAUCCAGAGCAAGCGCCAAGAGCGGAAGAGAAGAAGCACAGCCAACCCCACCUACAGCGGCCUCCUGGAGGCAGAGAGGAAACGGCUGGCAUCCAACUAUCUCAACACCCCCCUGUUCCUCACAGCAAGAGCCAAUGAGGACCCCUGCUGGAAGAAUGAGAUCAGCCACGAUGAGCGCUGCACCGCCUGCAAGCUUGGGGCCGAUCUGCAGCCCUGCGGCACUUGCCCGGGGGCCUACCACCUCAGCUGCCUGGACCCGCCGCUCAAGGCAGCGCCCAAGGGCGUGUGGGUGUGCCCCAAGUGCCAGCAGAAGGCCUUAAAGAAAGACGACAGUGUGCCCUGGACCGGGAUGCUGGCCAUUGUGCACUCCUACGUCACCCACAAGACAGUCAAAGAAGAGGAGAAACAGAAGCUGCUGCAGAGAGGCAGCGAGCUGCAGGGUGAGUGCCAGCGGCUGGAGGAGCGGGACCGGCGCCUGGCCUCGGCAGUGCAGAAAUGCCUGGACCUGAAGACGAACCUGCUGGCCCGACAGAGGGGCACCCAGUCGUCCUUGGACCGCCUGCGGGCCCUCCUGAGACUGAUUCGGGGUGAACAGAUGCUCCAGGUCACCAUGACGACCACCAGCCCCGCCCCGCUGCUGGCCGGGCCCUGGACCAAGCCCUCGGCAGCAGCCAUACACUCUGCCCUCCAGCACCCUCAGGGGCACAACUGACCCCGAGAGACCCAUCUUCACAGCCACGGAAAGUUACUGGGACCCUGCUCACAAGACCUGAGGGUUCUGUCAGCCUUAAUCCAUAAACACUAUGAAUUUCAAACAAAAAUAAAACCAGAGAGAGAGAGAGAGACAGAGGACAAUGGGGGAGGGCGCUGGGUGGGAGUCCUAGAGCUGGAACGGGCGGGUAUGGAGCCCUGCCCGCACUCUUCUGCUCAGACGGGACACCAGGAAGCCCGUGGGGUGUGAGGGGCCCGGGCACACAGCCCCAGGGGUUGGGGGGCUGCCCAGGCCUCCAGCUUCUAGGCACAGCUGUCUCCAUGGCCUCAGCUGCCCCGCGGAGAGGGAAGGGCAGAGGUGUGGAGGGGCCAGAAGACUGGGCAGGGCUGCUAGUGCCCUGCGGGAGGGGCAUCGAGACCCUGACACAUAGCUGAGCGUAGAGGUAGUUGGACAAGAAGUGGAUAGCAAUCUAGGUAGGACCCCGAGGGCCUCCCUUGCAGGGGCCCACUGGGGCUGGCCUGGGCCUGGGGUGCACCCGGCGCCUUCCCACAACCCCCGGCCCCUGCCUGUCAGUAUUAUUAGCAUUAAGAAUCAGAAAUGUUUACCUUGAAAGCAGCUCCAUGCUGCACGCUCCCAAGGGGCGCCGUUCUGUCCCCCUGCCUGGCUUCCGUCUGCCCCUGUGUCUUUGGAGCGGCCCCGCGGUGCCCCACCUUCCAGCGGCCGAUCUUUCUGGACUCUCUGUGCCAUUGAUGUAUUGUUCUCGUGGAGUUCUUGGGCAAGGCGGAGCUGCAGCCAUGCGGGGGGGAGUCAUUUGGCAGGUUUUCUAUUUGGGGUUGAAUCAUUCAACUUAGGACUGAAGCCUUUUAUUUCUCCUUUCAAAGAGCCGAUGAAGCAUUCCGUUCCUCCUUUCUUGCCAGUACAGACACUAUGCCAAAAAAUAACUUGACAUUUUUGUAUGGCGUUUUUAUUGUAAGAUAUUCAAUGUGAAGGGGGGGACACUUCCUGACUUCUUUUCCUGCUUACAGGAGUCUCUGCUGCAAGGUACGAACGGGGAACCCCUCCGGGGGGCUGCCAAACUGGAGAGAUCCAGAGGAUUUUUUUUAAAUGGGGUGAGGGUUGGGGAGGAAGGGCCAUAGCCUGUGGAGGGCUUGGCCUUGGGAAUGGAGGGCCUCUGUCCUUUCGUCUCCUUGAGCUGGUGCGAGCUGAGGGUGCACACGCCAUCCUGCAGGGGCCCAUGUGUCCCAGCGUGGGCCGUGCUGGCCCUUCACCCCCAGCGGCUUCUCCAGUCCCGAGGGAUGCAGCACACAGGCUAAGCACCCCGGAGCCAUAGGGUUCCCACCCCCUGCAUAUCACAUGGUGCCGAACUGCAUGGAGUCCACGUGUGCGUGUGCGCACGCAGCCCCCAUCACCGCACACACACGCACACAGCAGGCACAGAGCAAGGAGGCUGGCCGGGACCCCGCAGACCGCCACGGUCCCCUCUGUCAUUCCCACGACUCCGGGAGAAACUGUGCUGUCCGAUACAGAUCUAUUUUAAUACACCUAACACUGGGUUGAACAAGAUUUUUAUAUUCUUUUAUUGAAGAACAAAGUGAACCGUGAGACACACGUCUUACAUAUUGGCUACUCUAGAUGCCAGUCACGCAUUACCGCGCGGCUUGUGAUGCUCAUGUCUUCAGGUUCCUUUUUGUGGGUUCGUUUUCCUUGGAUGGGUUGAAUUCGGUUUUUUAAAACAUAUGGGAGGAUAUGAAAGGUUGGACCCGGGAGGGGUAGCUGCUGACGUGUCUUGAGACUUAGUUUUUUGGACCAAGGAGGACCGUCCAGUGGGUAGUGAGGAUAGAGAAAAGUGUUUGUCCUAAAUAUGCCAAUUAGUUUUCCUUCUGUAUGAUUAAAUUUGAUGAUUUCAAAGUCCUGUGGUUUUU